GCAUGUCAUUGUUGAGUUGGGGCAGUCCAAGGAAUGUCAGGUCCUUUCACCCCUGAGUUUGAGGGUGAAGUCCCUGCUCCUGGCGCAUCCUUCCUCGCUCACAGCUUGGCAGGGGCUGCUGCAGGGAUGGCUGAAACAGCUGUAAUGUACCCUCUGGACACUGUGAAGACGCGGAUGCAGGCAGCUGUGGUGACACAUGCCGAAAAGGGCAUCGCCACUGUACGGUCUGGGAAUCUUGGCCUCUCCGGCAUGCUGGCGCAAAUUGUGCGGGAGGAGGGUGCUAGGGGCCUGUACAAGGGAUUCACUGCAGCCACAGCUGGAGCAGGACCAGCUCAUGCGCUGUACUAUGCUGUCUACGAGCUGACGAAGAGGGAACUUGGGGCCAACAGAGGGGGCCAUCGGCCGGUCAGCGUUGCAGCAGCAGGGGUGGCGGCUACUGUGGUGAACGAUGCGGUCAUGACACCCGCCGAUGUGGUGAAGCAGCGGUUGCAGGUCGACCGCGGCAGGUACAAAGGCGUGCUGGACUGCACCAUGCGGAUCUGGCAGGAGGAGGGCAUCACGGCUUUCUACAGGUCUUAUCCGGCAACCUUGUUGGCGAAUGUUCCCUGGACAAUUCUCCAUUUUCCCAUCUAUGAGUCAUCCAAAAAGCUGCUGGCUCCCGGGCGCGAGGGCCAGGAGGGCACUGCGGUGCAGCUGGCUGCUGGGGGCCUGGCCGGAGGCCUCGCAGCGGCACUGACGACCCCUUUCGAUGUAGUCAAAACGCGUCUGCAGCUUGGCAGCAAUGGCCCAAUCCCCACCAGGAGAGCUGUCAAUGUGUUUGCCAUCAUGCGGCAAAUGGCAAGGGAGGAGGGAUCUGGGGCGUUGUGGAGAGGGUGGCAGCCUCGGACGCUGUGGCACGCCCCCGCCGCCGCGAUCUGUUGGGCCACCUACGAGGCCAUGAAGCGGUUCCUCGGCGUCAAUGUCAGCCAUGUGCACAGCGGCUGACCACUGCACUGGGCCGCGCAUGACACGCACAACUGGAUGAUUCUGAGCAAGGCAGAUCUAGAGUAAAAUCUGGUCAACGCGUCGCGGCGCGCCAACUUGGUUUGAAACCGGCUAAUCAGCGCUGGGCGCAUGCAUUCACCGGCUGCGCACCAUGCAGGCAUUUUACACUGUCCACGAACGCAUGACAACAUAGAAGUUUUUAGGGGCUCAAAAUAUGCAGAACAGGGAGUCAGUGGUGUUAUACCAUAAUGGGGCCUGGCUGCCAGUUUUGGCUAUACUGGUCAAGCACAUGCAAUGCGUGCCGAUGACAGUCCUGGUUCGAGAAUUGCCAUUCGCUUUUAGAACAACAAUUUGGAAAGUUGGGGAUUCUGGUUGAGACAUUGGCAAGGGUCAUUGAGCACCUCGUAGGUGGGGAUCUGAACGAGUGUCACUGGUGUCACUGGCAUAAUUCCACCUUUUUCGACUUUUUCUCCACACAAAGCGGAGUGUAAAUUACCUUG